GUAGACGAGAGGGGUUACAGCGACAGUAAGUGACGAGCCGCGAUACAGGAAUGAUGUUCGUGCGUCGCGGCUCAACACCGCAGUGAGUGCAGUGAUGAUCAUGUUGUGCUAGUGCGUAAAGUGCCCAUUGUGCAGUAAUUUGGCCUUAUGGCGACACCGGACUACAGCCCGCUCCUAAAGCGAGUGCUUCGCUCCUACCAGAAUGCAGCCAUGACCAGUCUCCAUGGGCCGGGACCUAACUCUUACCUGACCGACACGGGCGUGAAUAAAAAGUUAGCCGAGUGUGAUGAAGAACCUCCUUCAAUCAAACUGCUUGAUGCCCACACCAAGCAAGAGAUAUAUAGGGAGGUGAGCUUCAAGAAGGCCUUGCUCUACGAGGACUCUCUUAAGAACAAAACGGUAGAUAUAUGUCGGCGGUGUGUUGAUGAUAGCGAGUGUAGGCGGGCCUCACCACCCAGUCCGCCCACCAACCACACGCCCACCUCUCCCACAAGGGACCCACAGCCUCGCCUGCCAGAUGUCAAAGACACCCCUGUAGAUACCACUAGCACUGCCAUCAGUUCUCCCACUGCCAGUGUCGUCCGGAACUCCGUCAGCGACACCUGCACCUCUGACAACUCCUCCAACACCACCAGCAGCGCCUCCAGCAGCAGUGGCGGUGCUGGUGGGUCAUGGGUGGAGCCUGGGGUGUUCCUAGCCCCAGCGCCCUUCCCACCGCAGCCGUGGCCAGUGCUGGCUGUUGCAGACAAGGGAUCCCCUGGGGCGGGACGAGGCCGAGAAGAGACCUUACUUGACGGGGAGCCUAUUGCUUGCUUCAAUGUGGGCGGGGAGAAACGGCUGUGCCUGCCGCAAAUCCUCAACACAGUGUUGCGGGAGUUCUCCCUCGGCCAGAUCAACGCCGUGUGUGACGAACUCCGAAUCUUCUGCUCCCGUUGCACGCCGUCCCAGUUGGAAGCCCUCCGAGUAGCGGGCGUCCUGCCUCACACUGCCAGGUCCUGUGGUCUCAUCACCAACACGGACGCCCAGAGGCUAACUCAGGCGCUGCUACACGCCCACCCAACCCGCGCCCCCGCCCCGGCACCCACACAGCCCCAAGACCAUCCACACCUACGCGUCUAUCACACCUGCUUCGGGAAGUGUAAAGGGCUGGUAUGGGAUGACCUGUACACGAGUGCCGGCGCUGCCUGUAUUGAGUGCGAGGAGUGCCGUGGCUUGUUCCCUCCGGCCCGCUUCGUCUGCCACGCCCACAGAGCACUAGAGAAUCAGACUAUCCACUGGGGUUUUGAAGCUGAACAGUGGCGCAUCUAUCUCUUGCUCGCUAAGGAUCAGCAGCUGCCUCUCGAGAAGGCAGAGGCGCAACUUAAAACCUUUAAGAAUAAGUUUGACCCAGCUGGUGCCAAUUACAAGCGCAAACAGAUUGAAUUUGUUGUCGACGUCGAAGAUGUAUAUUUGUCCGAUGUUUUAUAUAUCCGGUAUAUACCUCGUAUCUUCCAGUGUACUCCACCAGGUUACCUCCAGUACCUCAAAAUGAUAGACCAAAGCAAGGACACUGGUGGGGUUAAAUUGGCCCUUAGAUCUGAUGAAGAUUGGGUUCGUUUUGAACUGGAACCCCUAAACUUAUGGGUCCGUUUUGAACUGGAACCCCUAAACUUAUGGAUCCGUUUUGAACUGGAACCCCUAAACUUAUGGUACCGUUGGGGUCCUGUUAACA